GAAACCUCUCUUCCACUCCUCUCUGGUCCAUCCCAUUACAGACGACAACGAAAUGCCGUUCGUUUCACAGAUACAGCGACAGUCCGAUUACAGCCUCUUUUCUCCCUCAACACCUAUCGUCAUCGACAAUGGCGGUUCCUAUUUCCGAAUUGGAUGGGCAGGAGAGACGGACCCUCGCGUUAUUUUCCGCAAUAUUGUCCAGAGACCUCGCCAUAAGACCACUGGUGAAACUGUCACUAUUGUUGGUGACCAUGAUCCUGCACUGCUGAAAUACUUUGACUGCACUCGCUCAGGGCCUCGCUCGGCAUUUGACUGCAAUGUUGUUUAUCAGUUUGAAAUAAUGGAAUAUAUUCUUGACUUUGGCUUCGAUCGUUUGGGUGCAGAAGGAUCACAGGCAGUGCAGAUUGAUCACCCUAUAUUGAUUACUGAAUGUGUAUGCAACCCUGUUCAUUCUCGGAGUAAAAUGGCUGAACUUUUAUUUGAGACUUAUGGAGUUCCAUCAAUAGCGUAUGGUGUUGAUGCUGCAUUCAGCUAUAAGUAUAAUCAACAACGUGGGGUUUGUAAUAAAGAUGGUCUUGCUAUCUGCCCUGGAUUUACAACUACUCAUGUUGUCCCAUUUAUCGAUGGUGAGCCAGUUUAUAAUGGGUGCAGCAGGACUAACAUUGGUGGAUUUCACGUCACUGAUUAUCUGAAGCAACUUCUUUCCCUUAAAUACCCCCAUCACAUGGCUAGGUUUACAUGGGAGAAGGUUGAAGACCUGAAGAUGGAACACUGUUAUAUUUCUCAAGACUACGGUUCCGAAGCUCAAUUAUUUCAGAAAGGAACCAAGGAAGCGGAAGAGAAAACAAGGUGCUGGCAGCUUCCGUGGGUUCCCCCUCCAACUGAGGUGCUGCCUUCAGAAGAAGAGAUUGCAAGAAAGGCAGCCAUAAAAGAGAAACAGGGUCAACGUUUGCGAGAAAUGGCAGAGGCCAAGAGGUCUUCUAGGAUAAAUGAGCUAGAGAAUGAAUUACAUGGUUUAGAAUUCCUCCUGAAGCAGCUUGAGCAAGUGGAAGAGGAUGAUAUACCAUCUUUCCUGUCAGAAACUGGGUAUGUUUCAAAGCAUGAAAUAGAAUCUGCCGUGGUGAAGGUAACACAAUCUUUACGAAAGGCAAAAGGUGAGCAAGCCGAGAGCGAGGAGAAGACUGAUCCUAAUUCGAAUGAAAAGUUUCCUCUUAUUAAUGUCCCUGACAACAUGCUGACCGCAGAGCAGCUCAAGGAAAAGAGAAGGCAAUUGUUUCUUAAAACCACAUCUGAAGGACGACAGCGAGCUAAACAGAAGCGUCAAGAAGAAGAAUUGGAGCGAGAAAGGAGAAAUCAAGAAGACGAAGUUAAACGCUUAGAAAACCCAGAGCUAUAUUUAGAGCAGUUGCAGGCCAAAUACAAAGAACUGUAUGAGAAAGUUGAACAAAGAAAGCGACUAAAAACAAAUGGGGGACAUACAAAUGGAAACAAUUUAUCUGGAGGUGUCGGCCGUGGUGAGAGGCUGAGUGCUGCCCAGAGAGAAAGGAUGCGACUUUUAACAACAGCCGCUUUCGAUCGCGGUAAGGGUGAAGAUACUUUUGGUGCAAGGGAUGAAGAUUGGCAACUAUAUAAACUGAUGAGCAAAGAUAAUGAUGAUGAGGAUGACGGACUAGACGAGGAUGAAGCAGAGCUAGCUCGCGUGUCUUCUAGGCUUCAGGAACUAGAUCCAACUUUUGUUCCGAAGUCAGAAGUUGGAACCUCACAACCUGCUGAAGUUCCACGGUUCCGUCCUCUCACUAAAGAAGAUUUCCAGAUUGUUCUUGGGGUCGAGAGGUUCAGAUGUCCUGAGAUAUUAUUCCGUCCCAAUUGGAUCGGUAUUGACCAGGCAGGGUUAGAUGAGAUGGCUGGGGUUUCAAUAAGGAGGUUGCCAUCCAAGGACCAAGAGUUGGAGGAGAGACUGACUAGUUCAAUAUUCAUGACCGGGGGGAGUUGUCUCUUUCCUGGUAUAAGUGAGCGCUUGGAAGCCGGGAUCCGAAUGAUUAGGCCUUGUGGUUCACCCAUAAGGGUGGUGAAAGCAUUGGAUCCAAUUCUCGAUGCAUGGCGGGGAGCGUCUGCUUAUGCUGCUUCCCCAGAGUUCUUGGCUCAAACAUUCAGCAAGUCAGACUAUUAUGAGAAGGGUGAAGAUUGGCUUCGGAGAUACCAAUUUCGAUAUACAUUUUGAUAUCUUUAGUGACAUGCAUGCAGCUUGUAUAUUGUCUUUUCUACCGGAUGGCAAGAAAAUUAAUGUUAUUCAGACUAACUUUUGCCCAUGGCCAAUGAAGUUUUAGUGAAAUAACACUUCUAUGUUCUUUGACACUCGCUGUGUUCUAUAAGUUCUACAAGAUUGUGUUCUCUGAUAGCGGUACUUCGAUAAAAUGGAUCUCAUCAAUCAAACUGAUGAAACCGAC